CUUCCACUCAGAUCAUCUACUUAAUCGCUGCAGCAUUUCGGCUUGAUCAAACCUUACUAUUUUCUUAUUGUCGCUAAUUUAUUUCUUUCCCAUCUCACAGUUACAGACAUUGAAAUAGUGUCUGAAAUUGAUGAUCUUUAGAGUCAUUCAGUCUCUCGUCACAUCAUUUGACGCUUUGCCAAUACUAGUCUUCAGUUUUCUUUCUCUCUUCUCUUGUUUUCUCCCCUCCCGUACUUGCUGAUCUGCACCUUUGCCCAGAAAAAAGCAAACGCGUGCUUUUUCUAAGAGAAGGGGAAGCAGUGGGGAGAGGGGCAGAACGAGGCAACUAACUGUUGUACUCAAAUCAUAUUUUCUGUCUCACCCUCCGACAUUUGGUCGCCUUUGUCAUUCAAGCCAACCAUCAACAAACAUUUUCUUGCUCUCUAUCUCUCUUUUGUUUAUGUGCCGCAUUAUUUCGUCUGCGGUAAAUCCUGAGUCAGGCAACACAGAAAAAAGAGAGUGAGAAAACCCAAAAUGGACAAAUCUAUCAAGGUCGUUAAGAGGCGGUCUACCAAGGUUCCGAUGGCCAAGACUCAAUCGGCUAGGUCGAGUCCUGGUGCCCAGACAAAGAGCCGGAACAAUGAAGACGCCAACGUCAAUGGGAACGGACUCUCAAAGAGGAAAAAGACGGCCUCGUCAAGUCCGCGGCCGAGGAAUGGCGCCGUCGCUCUUACAGAGACGGUAGACGAGAAGCAACAUUUAAAAACCGACAUUCAGAAUGCAUCAGUAUACAACGACGACAUGCUGCGGGAGCUUGAGGAACGCGGAGACGCCGAUAGCAUUUGCGAGGAUAUUAUCGGAUCCAGCAUCGACGACCAGUUUUUUCCUGAUAUCGAGGGAGCAUGUACACAUAGCGAGUCUAUGCAGCUGCGUCGCUUACUUCGACAGGUUGGGCCUCUCGAGUUUCUUCGAAGAACACUGGACUCGGGUGUCUUCACAGCCGAGAAGCUGCUGACGGCCUUCAGCGUGCGCCCGCCUGAUUUUCUCCAGGGACGCCCAGAUGAGGACUAUUUGCCCUUCUUGAGUCUGGCAAUGACCCGCGAGCUGCAGAAGCGUGCCAAGCUAGAGCAGUACAACAGCUUCGACGACGCCGUGAGCCUGAUCAAGCGGUCCAAGAACAUCAUCGUCCUUACCGGGGCUGGUAUAUCGACCUCUCUCGGAAUCCCAGACUUUCGGUCUAAGAACAUCGGUCUCUACUCGAUGCUGGGUGACCUCGGUCUAGACGAUCCGCAGCAGGUUUUUGACCUGGGUCUCUUUCACGAGGACCCCAGCAUAUUCUACUCCAUCGCCCGCAAGGUCCUUCCUAACCACGAGCGCUGCUCGCCGACGCAUGCAUUCAUCGCCAUGCUGCAGGAGAAGGGGAAGCUCCUGACUAACUAUACGCAAAAUAUCGACAACAUUGAAGAGACGGCUGGCAUCGACCCUGAGAGGCUCGUACAAUGCCACGGCUCCUGGUCUAGCGCCACGUGUACCCGCUGCGGCCACAAGGUUCCUGGUAAGACCAUCUUCCCUGUCGUCGAGGCGGGUGGCAUUCCUCGCUGUGAGAAGUGUGCCGCCAAAUCUGCCAGGGCCAGCAAUACCCAGGCAAAAAAUAGCUUGUCGCGGUCGCGCCAGGCGUCUAAAAGCCGCAAGCGCAAGACGAGUCACGAUGACGACGACAGCGAUGGAACAUACAGCGGCGGCCCAGUAUCCUCUACAGCGACGCCGGUCAGGGCACUGCGCACAUCGGCAAGACACAGCAACGGUGUGGCAGGUCCGGAGAUGGACGCCUCGCGCCGUCCUGUGGCCAAGGGCGAGGGCAUCAUGAAGCCCGACAUCACAUUUUUUGGCGAGGCGCUACCGAGAAGGUUCGGACAGCGGCUGCUCGGCCACGACCGGGACCUGGUAGACCUGGUCAUUGUCAUCGGAACAUCGCUCAAGGUCAAGCCUGUGUCAGAGCUCGUGCCAGUGCUGCCGGCCAACGUGCCGCAGAUCUACAUCAGCCGCGAUCCAGUAUCGCACGUCCAUUUUGACAUCGACCUGCUAGGUGACUGCGACGUUGUCGUCGCCGAGCUGUGCCGCCGUGCCGGUUGGGAUCUCGACCACGAGAUGAUACCCGAAAACCAGGAAGUGGAGACGGAGCUGGCCGAGGGCUACUGGAGUAGGCAUUACGUCCGAGCCGUGAAGAAGUGAAGAAACAUAAAACAAAUGGAUUGUGUGCCAAAUUUUGAAACAUCUGCUGCUUCUUCAAUAUUGAAGCACUUGGGUGUCUUGUCUUUUUGUUUUUUCUUCUCUCUAUUAUUAUUAUUAUUGUCCUUUCUUCCUCUCCGUCGUUUUGUCAUACCUCUUUCAGCACAGCAUGUUACUCUGAUUUAUUUUUAUUUUCCGGCCAUCAGCGAUUGUUGAACUCUGGGGGAUUUCUACUGUUUCCAACCUUUUUUUUUUCUUCUCUUUUUCUCAAAUUCUGGACGGUGUCCAGCCUCAUCCCCAGACCCUUGUUUUGUGUAUU